UAAUAAAAUAAUAUUGCAACUAACUAACUCUAACUAAACAAACAGGGUCAAAUAAUUGUGACAUAGUUUGAGGUUUCAACGUUGUUGGAGUGAAAAAACAAAACAACAACAUCAUGGGAGACUCAGCUUGUCUCAUGCAACCAUUUUGUUAUGCUUCUGGAAUUUCCAAUGAUUCCAAUCAGAACAUCAACACAAAUCAUGCACUUGGACAAUCAGUCUCAUUUGGAAGGUUCAUGUCAGAGUCACUAGCAUGGGAGAAAUGGUCAAGUUUCUCUCACAACCGAUACGUCGAAGAAGCCGAACGAUAUUCAAAACCAGGUUCAGUUGCACAGAAGAAAGCUUUCUUUGAAGCUCAUUACAAGAAACUUGCUGCUCAAAAAGCAGCUGCAUUGCUUGAACAGCAAAACAACGCUGCUUCACAAAACAAUGUCACAGAAAAAGAGGAUAAUGAUGAAAACAAUGAUUCGCAGAAAGAUUCAAAGUAUGAAGUGGUUGUCAAAGAAGAUCGAGAUGAUGGAAAGGUUUUGAGUCAUGCUUUGGAUUCAAAUAUGGAGAAAUGUAUUGCAUCUGAAAGUAACAAGUUAGAAGAAUGCGAGACACAAAUGGAACAAGGAGUUGUUCUAAGGAAUUCAAUGAUGGUUGAAUUGCAAAAGAGACUUGAAAAUGCUGACACAUUUCAAGAGCAAAGUGAAAAGUUCUGUGCAACACCUCCAAUCAUGACACCAAUAUUGGAAAAAACAGUUGUUUUAAGGAAUUCAUUAAGGGAUGAACUGCGAAAAGAGGAUGAAAAUGUUGAUACGCUUCAAAUCAUGACACCAAUAUUGAAGCAGGUCUCUAGCAUUGAUCAAGAAGUUUUGGCAUCAACCAGCAAGAAGAAACCACCAGUUUCUUCCUUUAACUUGAUAAAAUCUAAUAAUGGAACCUCCAAGUUCACCACUACUACACCUGUUAAAUCUACUGCUCCUAUUUCUUCCAAAAUAGAUAACUUUGCUACUCCAAUGAGCAACAAUAGGCCUUCUGCAUUAAGCAAUGCAGAUAUAAAGAGACCAACUCCAAAGAAAGUUAAUUUCACACCUAUUAGAGAAUUUAAUAGAUUGACUGCAUCAGUGAUGAGGAGAUUUGAAAGUACAAGAGUUGGUGCUUCUUCUUCCAAGGUUUCAAAGGAUAGCUUGACUCCUCUAAAAACUCCAACUAUGGCUUCUAAGGAGAUGCAAAAGCACUCAUCAUUGACUCCAUUGACAGAAAAGAAAAGGAACAAGACACCUACUGAUUCAUCAGCCUCGCGCAACCAUACAGCCGGUCCUAAAUGGCGCUUGCUCUCUGGAGAAAACAAAAUGAGAUCACCAAUUAUAUCAUCACCUUUCAGCUUGAGGACAGAAGAAAGGGCUGCAAGAAGAAAGAAGAAACUGGAAGAAAAGUUCAAUGCUAAUGAAGAACAAAAAGUACAGCAGCUGCAUACAAAACUCAAGGAGAAAACAGGUAGCGAGAUUAGAAGAAAACUGCGCCAAAGCUUUUGCUUCCAAGCUAGACCACUACCUGAUUUUUACAAGGAAAGGAAAGCAUCAAAUAUUGAAACAAGAAAGGUUAUACAGACACAUUAUGAAUCAUCUAAUGAGGGAAGACAUCCAAUUCUCAGUAUGAAAGAGUGCAAAACUUCUUUACCUCUUAACAGACCUUCACUGAAAAACAAUGGCACCAAGAAUUUCAUUGCAAAGAAUGGUCCUAUCUUGGCACAUCAUCCUCUGACUUCAAAUUCAAUGAAGAUUAUUACGGCUCACGAGAAUACAUCACCAAAUAUUCAGCAUAGGAACCAAAAUGGUAGAAAUUACAAAUAAGAACAAUGUUGAGAGGAUAAAAUCUUGUAAAUGUAGCUUCACAGAAAUGAAGCUCUACCACAUUAACUAGGCACCAAGUUAUAGCAACUUUGGCAGCUUUCUGACCCUUUGUCUAUUUUCACCCUCUUUUUCUGACUAAGCAUUCAUUUUGGCGUGGCAGUGUCGCAGUAGUUCUUGAAUGUAUCAAAAAUUAUAAAAAUAUAUUGAAAUGUAUCUUUCUUGAGUGAAUUUUGCCCUCAAAUGUGUCUUUUGUUAGAUAGUUUGGUCAUCAAAUAUGUCUACUAGUAGUCAACUUGAUCCGUGAAAUUACUACUCAAAGACACACUUAGGGAUAUUUAUAUAAUUUUGAUACACUUAGGAACUAAAGUGAAAAUGUCUCAGACUUAAGGGAUCAAAAUGAUUGUUUAGUCCUCUCUUUUUUCUUCAUUGUUUGGGUACCAAUAUCUUUAUUUUGUACCUCAAUAUAUUCAAAUAACAUUCCCAUCA